AGCCCCCUCCAGAUAUAUUCUUCAGCUCUUCUUUUCUCGCCUGAGGCGAGUAUUGUGCGAAAGGCGUUUAUUGAACAGGUACCACAGGCAGUGAGUGUGAUUUCAGGGAGAGAUGCAGAGUGGGACACAUGCCGGAGUGUGCUGGAGGGCCAUUCAGGAGAGGUCAGGGCGGUGGUGUUCUCGCCAGACGGGCAGCUAGUCGCCUCAGCAUCCGAGGACACCACAGUGCGGGUGUGGGAGACAGCGACGGGACAGUGUCGCAGCGUGCUGGAGGGCCAUUCACACGCGGUCAGGGCGGUGGUGUUCUCGCCAGACGGGCAGCUGGUCGCCUCAGCAUCCUGGGACACCACAGUGCGAGUGUGGCAGACAGCGAUGGGCCAGUGUCGCAGCGUGCUGGAGGGCCAUUCACACGCGGUCAGGGCGGUGGUGUUCUCGCCAGACGGGCAGCUAGUCGCCUCAGCAUCCUGGGACACCACAGUGCGAGUGUGGGAGACAGCGACGGGCCAGUGUCGCAGCGUGCUGGAGGGCCAUUCAUACGCGGUCAGGGCGGUGGUGUUCUCGCCAGACGGGCAGCUAGUCGCCUCAGCAUCCCGGGACAGCACAGUGCGGGUGUGGGAGACAGCGACGGGCCAGUGUCGUACCUUGCUAGAAGAUCAGCAUUCACGUAUCUUUCGCAUCGCAUUUUCGCCAGAUGGCCGGACUCUG